AUGAACCGCUUUGACGACAACAACAUGACUCUCCCCAUCACAAAGAACGAGCGCAAGCACAAGCGCGGCGUCUCCAUUGGGGGGAGUAUAGAUAUAUUAAGCGAAACCCAGAUGUUGCGGCGGCAGGCUAAACCACGCAAGUCGAUCCUCAAGGGCCCAGCCCCAACGGAAGAGUGGGAUGAGCAGAAAGUCGACAUGGCGGCGACCAUCGACUUCGGGCGACUGGAUCGGGCGAUUAGCGGACCACGCGCGAGCAUGCCGGUGAAUCCUCGGAUGAGCUUAGGACCUCGGCGUAGGGUCAGCUUCGCGCCUAACACCCACGUUCGCAUGUUUGACCAGCCCGAGAAGCGCCUGCGGCGAAAAUCGUCCAUGCUCCCCCGGCAGUUCGGCAACAGCAGCACCACCGCAUCUCAGUCUCCGUCCCGCUCCCGUCCCUCCCUCCCUGUCCUACCCAGCUCCCGCUCGUCUCUGCCCGGUUCAGCCCCUCCAACGAGCCCACGAGCGCGCUUCUUGGGCGAAGGGGACGAGAUGAGCGAGGCAUCCAUGGAGAUCGAGAGCGACCAGUCGUACGCGUCUAGCACCGAAGACUCGGACGACAUCCUCACACAAGUCCAGGCAAUGCGCCCAACAACUCCCGUGCAUACCCCAGCGCCCGACGGCUCUAGCGACGUUGACGCUGAAAGCGAGAUGGACAUGGACGAGACAGUUAUCAGGGGUGGCAUUGUCCCACACCGAUGGGCUGACGACUCCGAGUCAGACUCGGAUUCGGGCUCGGACAUGAGCAUCGAGGGGACCGCGGCAGAUACAGACGAGGAGAUGACGAUGGACUUCACCGUCGCUCUCGGCGGGCCAAUGCCUCGGGUGCCACCGCAGGACGCGCUCCGGGGCCGCGCCUCCAUCGGAUACUCUGUGCCCUCCGCCCCCGGACAGUCACCAUUCCUUCCCGGUGACGCUGUCUCGGAUAACGAGACAAUGGAGAUGGAGGAGACGGUUGCGUACGGCGCGGUGUACAAUGACGAGUCAACGUCAUCGUCCGAUAACUCGAACAUCAACCGCGCCGGCGACCACACCGCAACGUAUAACAUGGAUUUCACCUCCGUCGGCGGCGGUAUCUACCAGGACGAAAGCGCGAUGGACAUGUCUAUGACCGCGGCCCAGGGCGGUAUCAACCACAACGGCAUGGACAUGAUAAUGGCCGGCACGCAUGGCAGCGCCAACGAGAGCGCGAUGGACAUGACGAUGACGCGCGUGCAUGGCGGCAUCAACGACAGCGAGGCGGAUAUGACAAUAACGCGCGCUCAUUGGGAAACCGAGGGUGGCAACACUAGCGCACUCGACUUCACGACAGCAGGUGGCGGAAUCGCGUACAAGAGCACAAGUGUUUACGGGGCCGCCACGACUAUGAUGACCAACAUCUUCGCGCCGGCGCCAACGCCAGCUCUGACGCCCGCGCCCAAGUCACCCGCGCGCCCGACCACGACGCCCGCAACGAGAUUCAACAUCUUCGCCCCGACGCCAGUGACCUCGGGCAUUCCACGCCCACGCGCAUCCAUCAAGCCCGCCCUAACACCAUUCGCACCCGUCUCCGCGCGGGCACCUGAGCCGUCGCCCGAGCCCACUCUCGAGGAUGAGGAGCCCAUCGUCCCUCAGCCCCGCGUGCAAGGAGGAUCGGCGACUCCAGCCCGCCCAACAGGUGGGACACCCGGCCGCAAGGCGCGGCGGUCGGUUGGCACGCCGUCCUUUGCGCGCUCGACAUCCUCGUCUACUCAAAAGAAGCGUGAGCCUUCCCCGAUGCCGCAGAAGACGGUACCUUCUUCCGCCCAGCGGAAACGUGAGGUGUCCCCGUCCGCGCAGAAAUCCGACCCUACCGCGGCCCAGCAAAAGAAGCGCAACAUCUUCGGCGCCUCGCCAGAGCCCGACGGUGAACCGACGCCAUCUCGUUCCAAACUGCGCACACCGAUGAAGUCUGGAACGGGUCUCGAGACGGCUGCAAGUGUCGCGAAGAAACUGGACUUCUCCACCGGGGUCCGCGCUUCCACACCUGCUACAUCCGCGUCUACCACCCCCAGUGGACUCACACCCAAGACAAUCUCGAAGAUGGCUACUCCCAAGGCCGCCACACCCAAAGCUGGCCCCAAGGUGGCCUCGAGCUCGACAACCCCCAGGGCCACGCCAAGUACAUCUUCGGUUCCUCACCUGCUACCAUCUCCAAGUUCACUUAAGCGUGCACGAGAGGAUGAAGGAGAGGCGGAGGAUCACGAAAGGGAGAUCAAUCGCGCCAAGCGCCGCCGAUCUAGCGUUGUUCCCUCGUCGCCCAGGUCCACUAGCAUCGGGACCGGCGAGGAGGACAUGUCGCUUGAAGAGUCCGAGGAGCCAACGCCGACGGCUAUGGAUAGAACUGAGCUGUGGCUGGGCGAGCAGCCGCCAGAACAGGAGGUUCAUGAGCCAACUCCUGCGCUUUAUCAGGAACGUCAGGUCACACCUGAUCCCGUGGAAGAGCGGCCCCUUCCUUCUUACACCCCGAUCCGUCGUGAUGCGUCUGGACGUAGCACGCCACGCCGCACGCCUCGCAAGUCCCUAGGCCCUCCCCGUCGAUCCAUCUUUGUUGAGCCGGAGCCGGAAGUCGCCGAGCCCGAGCCCAAGCUCAAGCCGGAGCCUGAGAUCGAGCCCGUCGACCUCAUGACUCAUCUCCCAUCACAACCUGGGGUCGACGUACAAAACGUCCCAUUGUCCACGUUCCUCGAGAUGGUGGGGAUUUUCUGGCAGGACGACCUGAUUGGGCGGAAGAGCCUGGCGGUGCGUGCCGAUAAUAUCAAGUCGCAGUUCGCCAAGGGCCACGAGUUCCCUCUCCCCGAAUACGUCGAGGCGAACCUCGAGUCUGUCUUCCUCUCGAUGCUUAGUUGGGCGGACGCCGAGAUCACACAGAAGAUCCAGCAGAGUCGGGAAAUCCUCACGACCAUCGAGCGUCUAUGCUCAGAGGACAACCCUCCUGUCGUGCACGACUACCUCGCAGCCGACGAGGAGGACCGCGCCAUGUUUGAGGGCGUCCUCCUGCAGAUCAAAAGCGUGACGUAUCUCCGCGCGCGUGCCCGAUGGUAUGACUGGAAGCACCAAAUCUUGAGCGAGCGCGUUGGAGCAGACAUCCGCGACAUCCGCGAUGAUAUGCUGGCCGAUGAGGAGCGGCACUCUGCCGAGCGGAAGACGAUCGACCGUGUUCUCCCCGAUCUCCGGAAGCGCCGGGACGAACUCGAGGCCGAGCUGGCUGCGCACCGCGCCCAGGUCGAAGCGGUCCUCGCAUGUGACCCCGAGGAGAUCGCUGCGCUGCGCGAAGGCAUUGAGGAGCAGGACACAGAGCUCGAGCGGUUCCGUACUGAGCUAGAGGGCAAGAAUGCGAAGAACGCCGAGGUGGAGGAGGAGCUCGUCACUCUUACCGCACAGCGUGACGCACACAAGGUGGCGAUCGACGCCGCUCACAGCAUGUGUGAUCAGGCGACAGUGGGCGACGUGAUGCGCCUCGACGCCGAACUCGAGGCUCUCCAGGCACUGCACGGGUGGCGUGUUGUACGUGCGGGCCCUCGCCUCGAGCUGCAGCUCGGCGAAUUCGGACUCGCGGUGCCCGUAGACGCGUUGGAGCGCGCCACACUCAGCCUCAAGGACCCACAAGGCCCGGACGCAGGUUUACUUGCCCUCGCACAGGCGGCCCUGGUCGCCGCCCACCCCGCCUCCCUCCGCGCGCUGAUCGACACGACCACGCAGCUCUGGGGCGCAGCACGGGGCGUGCGCGACGAGCUCCGCCGUCUCGCUCUCUACUACCCAGUCGCGUACGAGGUCGGGAACGCCACGCUCACCGUGAAUGCUUCCCUCGUGCUUCCCAAGGCUCGGGCGCGUGCGUCCCUAUCACUGACGUUGGGACCGGAUGUGCUCACCAGUUGGCCGGAAGCUGCUCGCGCUCUCCCGGUCGAGGUCAAACCGGCAUAUGGGCGUGUCGACGCGGGGGGACUGCGCGAGCGCGCACGUGAGACGCUCGCAAGCGCGGAUUUGAGCCUCGCGGGCGUGCUGUUCCAGGCUUGUGCGGAAGCGGCCGCCCUGUAUUCUUAG